AGAGGCUGAACGCCGUGCAAAGCGCGGCGAGGAGGCGCUGCCGGGGGAGGCGAGCAGCGGAAGCAUCCCCGGAGCCUGGAAGGAGGCAGGCGACGAGGGAGGCAGGCGUAAGAGUCCGUGGCUCCCUCCAGCCGCGUUAGAAGCGGGUCGAAGGUUCGACGACGCGGCCGGCCGGGCGGGGGGCGUUGACGGACCCCGCGGCGGGAGAGAAGUCCUCUCCCCUACCCACGUGUGACUUCUGGAGGAGAUGUAGCAAAGUGAUGGCGCCACCCUUCCCAGGCUGAAAACUUGGACAAGCUACCUAACAUGUCCAGUCACUGGGCUAGCCACUAGAUCGAUGCCAAGGAAGCUAUCUGUUUGGCAAGGUGGUCUGUAGCCAUAGGGAUAUGGAUUCCUGGGAAUUUUACUACUUAUAUUUUUGAACAAGAGCUUUCUGGGCUUUAUGAUUUGAAGGUAAAACUUUAAGACUGAGAAAGAGAGAUGCAAAACGGUUAGAAAUGAGGCAGCAGACCUGUUAACCAGGAAUCAUGUCGGUGAAAUUGACGUUUGUGUCCCCUGCCGAGGGGGGAAGAAUCAACAGGAGCUGCUCCUUUGCCGGAUUCAGCAGCGCACACAGCCGAAAGUUAGCAAAAUCUCUCAGCAAAGGUUCUACGAGGUCCAAAAUGUCUCUGAAAUCUGCCAAGUUGUACCCUUCUCUCCAGAAAGGCACAGUCAUCUGGGAUCCCAAGCCGCAACAAGUGAAGAAGGUUUUUGAAGCUUUGAAGAAAGGACUAAAUGAAUAUCUGGAAAUGCAUCAAGCGGAGUUUGAUUAUCUGUCCGAGCGCCACAAAGAUACAAGAAGGAAUUCCCGACUGGCUUUCUACUAUGAUUUGGACAAGCAAAUCCGCUCUGUCGAAAGAUAUAUCAGGAAACUGGAAUUCCAUAUAAGCAAGGUAGAAGAAUUAUAUGAAGCUUAUAGCAUCCAGUGCAGACUGCGCGACGGGGCUUCAAAUAUGAAACAUGCGUUUUCCUUGUCCCCUUCCACUAAAGCCUCAAGAGAGAGCCUGGUAGAACUAUAUAAGAAUCUCCAAGAAUGUACAGAGGAUAUGUGUCUGAUUGAAGGGACACUCGAAGUGCAUUUGGGAGAGUUUCACUUAAAGAUGAAAGGGUUAGUGGGCUAUGCGCGACUCUGCCCUGGAGACCAGUAUGAGGUGUUUAUACGGCUAGGGCGCCAGAAGUGGAAACUGAAAGGCAAGAUUCUGACAGAUGACAGUCAAACAUGGGAUGAAGAGGAAAAAGGUUUCAUACCCAACCUCCAUGAGAAGUUUGAAAUCAAGGUUACAGAACUGCGGGGAUUGAGUAGCCUCUUAGUUGGCAUGGUGACAUGUGACACCGUAGAUUUCUUCACGACUAGGCCUCAAACCAUCAUUGUGGAUAUAACUGAGCUAGGUACCAUCAAACUACAACUGGAAGUCCUCUGGAACCCCUUUGACAGUGAGAACCUCAUUUUCUCUCCUGGAUCCACCACCAAGUUUUCUGUGGGGAGUAGAAAAAACUCCAUAUACAGCUGGACUCCACCAAGCACUCCCAGCUUCCGAGAAAAAUAUUACCUUUCUGUCUUGCAGCAAGGGAAAAAACAAGUAGAUAUCCGGGACGAGGCCCAAGAUCCCUGCAUUCUGAGCUACUUGGCCGACUGUGAUUUUAACAUGAGUCUGAGGAGUACAAGCCUUACUGAGACGACAGAAGGAAGCUCAUUCAGUUCUGAGGACCAGAAAGGGGCAGACAGCAGGAAUGCGACUCCGCCUUCGAAUCAAAGGACGGCGCCGUUGUCUAUCCUACAGGAUGGUUGUGUGGAUGGAGAGCAGAAAGAGUGUUUGCCCUGCCAGCCUCUCAGCUGCCGAACUCUGGACAUCCUGCAAGAGACGCCCCAUGCGGACAUUGCUCUAACCACCCCAGCAUGUCCAUUGGAUCAGGAGAAAGGUGAGAGCAAAUCCAUUGCCCGGGACUGGAGCCACCCUUCGGGGCAACAAAGAAAAAUCCUCUCUGCUGGUCAAAGAGGCUUGAAAGGUGAUGCUGGGGCCAAACCUGAUGGAAAUAACAGAUCGAUUGAGAUGCUCUUGCAAGAAGUGUUACGUUUACUGAACUCACAGCAUCCAGGUCCCAUCCAACUGGAGGAAUUAGAAUACCAGGUUUUCUGUAUCCGGGGCAAAUUAAAGCCCCGAAAGUACCAUUCAAAACAUUCCUCUGUGGAGAGCCUGAUGGUGGAGACGGUGCUGGAAAGUUUUGACUUCCUCAAUGCUGACUGCAGUGCUGAUGAACUCUCUUCCUUUGGGAGCGUAAGGACCCGCAGUGUCAGCACCAGCACCUACAACGACGCCACACUUCCAUCCUUGUGCUAUGAAACCAAAGCAGAAAAGAAAGAGUUAACAACAGGCAGUGAUGACCUAGACACACUUCUGGAAGUUCAUCUGCAAUUCUGCAGAGUUCUUCUACAGAAACUUGUCAUGCCAAACUUAGCUCCAAUUGUCCAGGAGAACCUUUUGGAAGAGGUGUCACAGCAGAAACACGUUCUGGAAAUAAUCUCUGCUCUGGCUGCUCCUGUGCUGCGGAACUUAACUUCUGUUGAAGAGAUUAUUCAAAAAGCUAAACAACAGAAGCAUUGCCUGAAGAUCUGGAGCAAGUGCACUGAACAGGGAAGCAUUUUAUUCUGUCCGGCGGAGAGAUUUUGGAACCCUUUGAAAUAUAUAUUGAUGUUCAAAACUAAAGAGAAAUAUCAAGGACAUCUAGAAAAAGUUUUGCAGAUGUUCCUGGAACAGAUAGUUGGAGGCAGCCUAUUACUUCUCCCGGAAGAUCUCCCGGCUGAAUCAGUGACAUUAUUCCAAUUUUACAGCUACCUCGAGAAGCACCAUGUGAACAACUUGGAAAAACAUUUGGCCAGAUUCACUAAAGAAGUGAUAUUAAUUGAAGACCUUCAGCAUCCUGGGAGAAUGAAGAAAAUAAAGAAACUGAAAGGGAAGCGGCUGAACCAGCUGCAACCCCUGCCACAGACGUUAAAGCUCCUCGCAGUCCUGCAGUUUGAUGAAAAUCACCGUGUAGGGAAAGCAGCCACAUCGUGUCUUUCUCGUGCAACAGCCAAUAGGAAUUUCAGGAGAAAGGCUCUUCUUUUUUACACAGAUAUGUUAAAUAACGAUGAUGUAAAAUUACAGCAAGCCGCAUGCCUGGCUCUCAAAAACCUCAGAGGCAUUGAAAGCAUAGAGCAAAUUGCCAGACUGUGUCUAUCAGAGACAGAGGAAGUGCGGAACGUUGCCAGAGAAACGACUCUUUCAUUUGGUGAAAAAGGAAGGCUGGCUUUUGAAAAAAUGGACAAAAUCUGUUGUGAACUGAGGGAUACCAUGCAUCAAGAAGCUGAAAUAGAAAUUACAAUAUUUUGAAUGGUAUCUUCAAGUGAGGCCAGCUGUUCUGCUCAUCCUGGGUUUGCUUUUAUUAGCAUGUAAACACCUAGAGUGCAGACCGAAGCAUAAAAAUUGAAAAUCUACCUUAGCUGCAUUUUAAUAUCAGAACCAUCAGAGAAAGAACAGUUUUUUGGGGUUUUUAACACAGCUGGCAGGUGUAAAAAGGCUUGGUGACUCUGUUCUCAUUACCAGUAUGUACUCUGAACUAUGAAGUAUCCAAAUUCCCCAAUCUUCAGUAUAACAACAAAUGUUAAGCCUGCAGUGUAUUUGGAUUACGAAGGCACAGUGCACUGAAGUGAGUAUCUCAGAAAUUUAUGGUGUUCAUGCAGGAAAAACACAAACAAGAGAGAUAAAUCUGGGACUUCCGGGAGUGAACGGCAUUAAAGAAAAGACCGCCAUCUACAACUUCAAAUCAAGACAAACAUACACCUUUCUCUAGGCCCAGGAGGAGACGGAAUAUGGCAUGUAUUUAUUCAUUUAAUCUUGUGGAUCAAGACUUUCAACAACAGGUUUCUAAAAUUAUGAACUAGCUACAGCAACUUAACUUGCAGUCUUCUUUUGGGCACCUUAUGUUGGUUAAAAAAAAACUUGGGGAGAUUUGUGACUUCCUUAUUCACCUCUGGCAGUUAAGCCGCCACACAUCAUAACCUUUAUCCAAGAUCACAGGGUAAAUUCUACCCCGGUGCAUUUUUUUAAAGUGCAAAAUUUACACAGAAGUUGAUGUAAAAUGUAGUCCGCCUAAGGGAUUGUCACCAGCAUAGUAGUAAAUAUUGUCCCCAAAUUUCAGCCUCUUACCAUUUACAGGUUUCUUUCAAUACACAAAAUGCACCUGGGACAAAAAAAUGUCAUCCCCCAAAAAACAAAUUGUUGGUAAGUGCACUUCUUUCUUAACUUUGUAUAUGGCUUUGUUUGGUGGCAUUUUGCUAUUCCAAGUUUCUUUGUUUUGUCCUUGAAGGUUAAAACACACACACCAAUAUCUAGCGUGAGAUAUGAAAGAAACUAGCUCCGCCCAGUUGUGUGCCUAAUUCUGGGUUUACAACACUUGUUUAGAUCAAAACAAAGAACUGUUUUAAAGUGGUCUAUGACUAUACUACUAAACUUAUUUACUGAACUCUGAAACCUACUUCUGUGUAAACAUGUUAGGGCUUUGAUUGUAUGAGUGUGUGUGUGCUUUUUCUAUUGGUAAUGAGAAAUACUUCGUGUGUGUGCAGGCUCUCAUCGUUGGAUCGUGGCCCUUAGCUUUAAUGUACAUAUUUUAUACAGUACAUUGUGUUUGUACUUUUCAGUAUUUAUUGCUGGGAUUCGUUUACAUAUUCUGUUCCUUGAAAAAGUUUUAAUAAAAUGUUUGAAAUGUC